AUGCUUCACCUCAGUGAAGAAACAGUAAGAUUAGUAGGUGGUGGUAGUUCCUGCGCUGGUAGAGUGGAGGUUCUUCAUGAUGGACGUUGGGGAACAGUUAAUGAUUUUGGCUGGGAUUUGGUUGAUGCUGCAGUGGUGUGUAGAGAGCUGGGCUGUGGAGAGGCUGUAGCUGCACCUAAGCGUGCCCACUUUGGCCAGGGGAAAGGACCAAUCUGGACUAUUACUGUGAGCUGUACUGGAGUAGAGUCUGCACUGAAGAACUGUGGAUCACAUGGUUGGGGAAAAUAUAAGCGUAAUCAUGCUGAAGAUGCUGGGGUCAUCUGCUCUGGAAUCAGACUGGGUGGAAGCUCUCGCUGCUCUGGGAGACUAGAGAUACUUAACGGGAACAAAUGGCACACGGUGUGUGCUGCUGCCUUCGACCAGCAGGAUGCAGAGGUUGUGUGUAGAGAGCUGGACUGUGGGGCUCCUGUACAGGUGCUGGGAGCAGCUGCUUUUGACAAAGGAGACACUCAGAUGUGGACACAAGAGAUUCAGUGUAGAGGAGAUGAGUCUUAUAUAUCUAUCUGUCCAACAUCAUCUUCUGUCAAAUACAACUGUACCCAUGAGAAUGAUGUCGGACUGUCAUGUUCCGGUUACACAGAUCUCAGGCUGGUGUAUGGUUCAGACUCUUGUUCUGGUCGAGUUGAACGUCAGUACUUCGGUAAAUGGGGCACAGUGUGUGAUGCAUGCUGGGACAUGAGAGCUGCCAGUGUCCUCUGUAGACAGCUGAAUUGUGGGAUUGCUGUGUCUGUUGUGGGAUCAGACUGGUUUGGAGAGGGAAGUAAUGAAACCUGGGCUGAUGUCUUUGAUUGUGACGGGAAUGAAACAAAACUCUCAGAAUGUUCCAUCUCUUCAUGGAGUCGAGCUGAAUGUUCUCACAGACGAGAUGUUGGAGUCAUCUGCUCUGGUUCCUCUCUGGCUCUUCAUGAUGGUCUGGUGCGGUUAUCUGGAGAGAGACAGUGUGAGGGGGAGCUGGAAGUUUUCAUCCAUCAGGUCUGGAGGAGAGUUCUGCUGGACUCCUGGAGUCUCACUGAAUCCUCUGUGGUCUGCAGACAGCUGGGCUGUGGCUUUGUGCUGAACUUCUACGGCUCCACUUCAUCCACUCUUGAACAGAGUCAUGAGUGUGUGACGGGCUUCCAGUGCUCUGGGAGUGAAGCUCAUCUGGGGAACUGCAGCUCUCCACAAACUCUCAACUGCAGCUCCACACAACAGCUGUACAUCACCUGCCUUGGUCGUGGGUCCAUCAGGCUGGUGGGUUCUGGGGGAGACUGUGCAGGGAGGCUGGAGGUUUUUCACAGCGGCUCAUGGGGGACAGUGUGUGAUGACUCCUGGGAUAUUAAAGAUGCCCAUGUGGUGUGCAGACAGCUGCAGUGUGGAGUGGCCCUCAGUAACCAGCAGGUACCAGCCUGGUUUGGUCCUGGUUCUGGACACAUAUGGCUGGAUGAGGUGGAGUGUGAGGGGAAUGAGACGUCCCUGUGGAACUGCUCUUCUUCAGGCUGGGGAAAACAUGACUGUAAUCCCAAGGAGGAUGUAGGAGUUGUGUGCUCAGAGUUUAAAGAGAUCAGGUUAACUGAGGGCUGUGAAGGGAAUGUGGAGGUUUUCUACAAUGGAUCCUGGGGUAAUGUGUGCUGGAACCAGAUGGAAAAAGACACAGUGAGUCUGAUCUGUCAAGAGCUGAACUGUGGAAGAUCUGGUGUUUUGUCUGAUUCUGCACCAAGAGUGAAAUCAGCUCCUAAUUGGCUGGAUAAAGUAACAUGUCGACCACAUGAUUCAAAUUUGUGGCAGUGUCCAUCUUUACCCUGGGGACAAAAUAAAUGCAAUGAAUAUGAAGUGGCUAAAAUCAUAUGCUUAGAGGAUCAGACACACAAGUCUCCUCAGAGUCUUUCAUGUUCUAACUCACCAUCUCCAUACAAGAGACCGUGUUCAGACUGA